AUGCGUGGCAUUGGAGUGGACACGAUCGGCUGGAAUAUUUUUCUUGACAACACCUGGGGCGUGUCUGCCCAGUGUCUGCGGCAAUUCGCGCAACGCUUGGCCUUCCAGCACGCAUCUUUUGACAGCGAGGCCAAGGUUUACCGGGAGCUCGCAGAGGUGGUCCCGUUCAGAGCAGAUUUGAAGUUGCAGAGGGCCUGGGGGGAGCUGAAUUUGUUGAAGACGUCGCCGGACAUGAUAAAAACCAUUUGGUCAUGGUACCCAGAGCACAUGUUCAGCCGACGAGGGCAGGGGCUCACGGACAGCGGGCGCUCCAUCAACACGCUCGUCAUAGAUGGGAAUGCGAAACUGGCCCGCCGGAUCUGCGGGCGAGCUGUUGCCGAACUGAUGUACCCCCCCUCCCUGGAGAGGCACACUGCCACGCAGUGCUCUUGCAAACCGGGAUUCAAGCUGAAGCGUUGCAGCAAGCACUUGGCUCGCGCCCUGACCGAGGACGACGGCCCGCCGCAAAGUGAAAUCAUAGUUUCGCACAAGCGCCGGCGCGUGCUGGAAACGGCCCCCAGGGCUGAACCGUGCGACGUGUGCCUCGCGGCGCGGGGCCAGAAAGAUAUCCCAGGAGCGCCGAGGCGCUGGGCCGCCGCGCGCCGGGUCACCCAGGGCCAACUGCAAGAGUACUGGGGCAAUUGUGGACACCAGGCGCACAUCCCGGCGAUGUCACCCGAUGCGGACUUGCAGUCCGUGUCGCGCAGGACCCACAAAGAGGCGCAUUUGGGCAGGGCCAGCCGCGGUUCGACCCCGGGCCAGUUCAGCAGAAGAUGCGGCUGGCUUUACGCCUGCACUCCAGAAGACUACAUCGUGCAUCUGAAGGAGUACGUGGGCGCAGAGAGUCUGCCGCAGCGCUACUUCUUCUUGGCGGAGGUCGUGGAGAAGGCCCCAGCAGUCGACUUUGUCCGCCACGACGAUGCUUGCGAUUUGCGGCGGUGCGCUUCGAAGCGCGAGGGCGACGGCGCCUUCGCGCGCAGGCUCGCGCACCCCAACAUCAAGUACAUCACCGACGGACUGCGCGACAGAAACCACGUGGACCCCUGGCGCCUAGCAAAUUGUUCACCCAAGGCAGACUGCAACAAGGAGCUCGUGAAGAACAUCAAUAGCCAGAUCUGCGAGCAGCUGUUCUCGUCUCUGGGGCGCCACGAAUAUUCUGCGCGCCGCAUGGGGCAGUUUACCUCGGCCUUCUUGCUAACGGAGCUGGCCGAAGUGAAAAAUGAGGCCUGGCUGGCCGAGCAGGCGCGCGCGGCCCGCGCGGGCGCGAGUGCGGGGCAGCCGGGGGGCGAGUGA